UAAAUCUGAUUUGAAAGCCUCCUGUGACGUAGUCCUCUCCGCUUCACUAUUUCAGACAGGUCCUCGUCUAGAGGUCUCUGUAAAUAAAGACAUUUCUACGGUGUGUUCAGAACUAAUUCCUGUGUUUAUGUGUAGUGAUCGAUGACCGCUGGCCGUUAAGUGUUUCAGAGGUCCUCUCGUGGGAAUGUCCUCGGAGGAUGUGAUUUGGGCAGGUACUUUGGAUGUUUUACUGCUCUGAGGGAUGAAACUUUACGCUAUAAGCCGGCAGUAAACGUCAGUUGUGUUACUUUAUAAACGCACGUGCAGCAGAGUGAUGGAGAGUGACUGUAGGAUCCCUAUGGCAUGUCUGAGACCCCGGAUCCUGGCCCUGCAUGCUUUAUUCUGGGGCUUAGUGUCUCUUAGAGUGUUUGGAGCAGCUCUUCUUAGCGAUGUAAAGGCAGCAGUUGUGGUGACAAAGGUAGUGACAGCACCAUGUUGGCAGCAUGAGGAGUUUGUGGUGGCUAAAGAGUGCAGUGCAUGCGAAGGUUUGCAAUCGAAAACUAUAUCAGCCUGCAGCCAAACAGGAUUUGUAGAAAAGAUCAACUGCACCAAUUCUAACAGAGAUGAAUACAAGAGCUGUCGCUCUACCAAAAUGGAGGAGCAUCUCUUCUGGAAAUUUGAGGGUGCAAUGCUGGCUCUCACGGUUGUCUUUGCAAUACUGGUGGUCGCUAGACAACACUCACUUGACCGCCAAGCCUCAGACAAGGUUCGGCGACAGAUAGAGUCUAUUUAGUAGACCGGACUGCAUUAAAUGUUAAUGGGCCUGUGGCCUGGUGUUAUAAACUCUCAGCAAAGGGCAUAACCCCACAGUUCAUGGAAGCUUCCAGACUUUAUCACUGGUUUUAUUUUACUGGACGCACAAAGACGAAACUCUGAACGGGCACAAUGUGCUCUAACUCCCCAGACUGACAUUACUUGUGGAUGCUGCUUCUGUGCAGGAUUUAACUAACUAGAUGUGAAUCUCAAGAUCAUCCCAUCAAAUCAGCAAACUUUAUGCAAGACAGGAGCCUAGGCCCUAUUUUGUAACUGAAGAUGUACAGAUCUGUGUACACCUGUUCUUUUAAAUGCUGUGAAGGUGAUGUGUGUAGAACAAGAUAUGAGUAUGUUGCAUGUUUUCAAUAAUCCAAAAGCACAUGAAGUAUUUUCUCAAGCCGAGAAUGAACUAUAUGGUCAAAGGCUUGAAAGAAUGUAUGAUUUAGUGUUUCAUCACAAUGGGCUUGUUUGUCAGGGUGAGUUUCAAUGAAUAGCAAAGUUUUGGAGUUUGUUUAUUUGGCUUCAUUCAUUUUGGAGCACGCUACCAUUCAUGAAUCACAGAUGACUUUCUCCAAACUGACACAUUAACAUCGACAUGUUUCUUCCAGAAAACAUUAACAGUAAUUUAAUUAAUCUUAUAUGUGCAGUUUCUGUUUGUUAAAACCUUAUUUUCAGUAUAUACUUUAUAGUGUUUUGACACAUUCUUUAGAGACUUCUA